AAUAGGUAUGUGAAAGGCUGCCGUCACAUGAUAAGAGGACGGCUGUGUGUCACAGCCCUCAGACGAGUCAGAGCGAUGGGUGGGUUCCCUACAUGGAAACUAUGAGUCCCACCCACAACACUUAAGUACAGUCAAUACAGCGACUUGUCAGAGAAACACGGCGUCCGGGAAGAGACUGAAAACGGACUAAACCAUGAGCUACCCAGGAUACCCCCAGCAGGGAGGCGGAUACCCUCCACAGCCCGGUGCUUACCCUCCACAACCUGGUGCUUACCCACCUCAGCCCGGUUACCCUCCCCAGGCUGGAGGCUAUCCACCACAAGCAGGAGGCUAUCCACCACAAGCAGGUGGCUACCCUCCACAGGCAGGAGGCUAUCCACCACAAGCAGGAGGCUAUCCACCACAAGCAGGGGGCUAUCCACCCCAGGCAGGAGGCUAUCCACCACAGGCUGGAGGCUACCCACCGGCACCACCGACAGGCAGCUGGGGAGGUGGCCCUACUGGUGGAUAUCCCUCCAUUGGUCUUGACAACAUGUCCAACCCUGGAUACAACGCUGGCAUGGCCUGUCAGACCUCUGCAGGCGUGGGGGGGUUUACUCCAAACCCAUCCAUGUUCGCCCAAGCGCCUGGGGGGUACCCACCUGCCCCUCAACCUGACGGGUAUGGUGCCCCCUUCCCUAACCAACAGUCAUAUGGCCUGUACCCACAGCCCCAAGGCCCCGGAAUGGGAUACCCUGGCCAGCCAAUGCCUGGAUACCCCCGUGCACCAUCACCCAAUCCUCAGAUGGCUGGUUUUGGAGCAGCCCCAUCACCCAAUGCACCCAUGGCUGGUGGUUAUGGAGGAGGACCAGCACCCGUGCCAGGAUACCCACAGGUCCCUUCACCAAAUCCGUCCAUGCCAGCUUACGGAGGAGGAGCCAUGCCAGUAGCUCCAGCAAUCAAUAGAGGAUUCAGGGGAACAAUCAAGGACUUUCCUGGAGCUGACCCACUCAAAGAUGCCGAGGUCCUGAGGAAGGCCAUGAAGGGCUUUGGAACUGAUGAGCAAGCCAUCAUCGACUUACUGGGGAGCCGCUCCAACAAGCAGCGUGUGCCUCUGCUCAGAUCCUAUAAAACUGCCUAUGGGAAGGAUCUGAUUAAGGAUCUGCAUUCUGAACUGUCUGGAGACUUUAGGAAGCUUGUCAUGGCAACUUUGAAGACCCCAGCUGAGUUUGAUGCCUGUGAGCUCCACGAUGCCAUAAAGGGUGCUGGAACCGAUGAGGCCUGUCUGAUAGAGAUCCUGUCUUCUCGUUCCAACGUUGAAAUCAAGGAGAUUAACCGUAUUUACAAACAAGAGUACAAGAAGACACUGGAGAAUGCCAUUAGUGGGGAUACCUCAGGCCACUUCCGCAGGCUUCUGAUCUCCCUCGCCCAGGGUAAUCGUGACGAACGAGAAGCUGUUGACAUCUCUCUGGCUAAACAAGAUGCUCAGGCCCUGUAUGCUGCAGGAGAAAAUAAGCUGGGGACAGAUGAGUCCAAGUUUAAUGCCAUUUUGUGUGCCAGGAGCAAACCCCAUCUCAGAACAGUGUUUCUUGAGUACCAGAAAAUGUGUGGCAGAGAUAUCGAGAAGAGCAUCAGCAGGGAGAUGUCUGGAGACCUGGAGAGUGGCAUGCUUGCAGUGGUCAAGUGUAUUAAGAACACACCUGCCUACUUUGCUGAGAGACUUUACAAGGCCAUGAAGGGAGCUGGGACCAAAGACACAACCCUGAUCCGGAUCAUGGUCUCCCGUUCUGAGGUAGACAUGCUGGAUAUCCGCCAGGAAUAUGUCAAAAACUACGGCAAGUCGCUGUACACGCACAUCUCUGGAGACACAUCAGGAGACUACAAGAAACUCCUGUUGAAGUUCUGUGGGGGCAGUGACUGAAAAGGAGACAGCGUCCUCUAUGUGAUAGAAAUGUAUUUUCUAUAAAUAUCAGUUUAACACCAAAUAUAUAUAUGCACUAUACACAAUCUGCAAACCUGCAUGCCAUGCCAGUGCUCUCAAUGCAAUGUUUAUAUACUUUAAAGAACGUCACUAGCGUUACAUAUUGUCUUUCUUUUUUAAACUGUAUGCUGUAUGCACACAAAGUUUUAUAUUUUUUUCACCUGUGAUAUCUAUGCUGGAUAUAACAGUUGAACAUAUAUGGCCAUAUGAUAGAUUUGCAAUAGAUUACAUACACUUUUUUAGAGCUAUAUAUUUUUAAGAAAUUUGAUUUCAGUUGUGCUAAUGUGAUCAGAUAUGUUAUAUCUGACACGUUUAUCGGCUAAUAUCCUAAUCUUCAGCAAUGCUGAAUAAAGUAUGACAGAACACACAGCAGCUAAGUACCAAAGUUGUCUUGUUAAUGUUUGCAAUUGUAUCAUCUCUUCUGCUGUGCUGUUCAUUUUUGACGCAUUAAUUUGUAUAUCACAUGUAAACUCAAGAAUCGCAUUUCAUAAGUUGUCAUUUUGUCAUCAUGAGUGUCAGAAAAUAAACAUUUUGAACCCACA